GUGCUCCAGAAAAUUGUAGAAAAUGCCAAAAAUGGAAGUAGGUCUUUUCUAGAUCUUUCACCACAAACCCUUCGAAAAAGAUAUAUAAAGACUCAUUGUUUCCUGGCACUUUUGUGUCUCAUCAUCAUAUUCAAGUUAUAAAGUCCAAGAAACAAGAAACAAAAAUGGCUCUUUCUCAACGCUUAUUCUCUGACGCUUUACGUGAUAUGCAACGUGCUAUGGCUGUCUUUGACCAGCCCUUAUUUAGCCCUAUGUUCAACAGCGAAGUCAGUCCAUUCUUCGGUAACCAAGGCAACCGUGGUCACAACAGCAAUAACAACAGUGUCUUUGGUCGCUACCCUGCCACCGACAUUAUUGAGAAGCCCGAGUUCUACGAGUUGCAUGCUGAGAUUCCUGGUUAUGACAAGAAGGAUAUCAAGAUUGAAGUGAACGAUGGCCGUACUCUGAUUUUGAGCGGCACGAUGAAGAAGGAACACCAUGAAGGCCCUGCUUUGGAAGAGGAGCAAAAAGCACAAGAGAACAAGGCCUCCUCUACUGCCUCUGGUGCUGAUGGUGCCACUGCUGAGGGUCAGCAAGUUGUACAAAAGAAGGACCAAGACAGCCAAGUGGCUCAGUAUAACAACAGUCCUAAAUGGUGGGUCAAUGAACGUGUUGCUGGUUCAUUUACACGAUCCUUCAAUUUCCCCAACCCCAUUGAUGCUGAACAAAUCAAGGCCUCCUACCAAGACGGUAUUCUCAAGGUAAUUAUUCCCAAGAGCAACAAGAACCAAUCCAGAUUUGUCAACAUCGAAGUCAAAAAAGAAGACUCCACCAUGUACUCUCCUUUUACUAAACGGCCUGAAAUAAUUGACAGUAAUUACAUACCCCUACCAACAGUAACAAGAAAAUACAUCGAUCCUCCUCCUGAUGUUAUCUUGGACGCCAUACCAUCUUUGUCUCUUACCGCUAAGAAUCGACAGAUGGCUGAUUCUCAAGACAAGGAUCAAAAGAUGAAAAAUUCAUCUGAUCCUGUUAGAAAUAACACCCCUUCAACUUCUUUAUCAAGUCUCGGAAGCAAUCAAAUAGACCCAAUGAUUGUUACAGCUUUGAAUAGUGAAGAACAAGUGUUGAUGCCGGACAUUAGCACUUGGUUGUCUCAAACAGUAGGCAACGCUUGA